UAAUUAUCGAUCAUAAUAAACAAAUAAUAAUUUAUACUGCAAUAAAAAUGCCAGUGUAGAUCCUUUACAUGAUAUACUGGAACGCAAGGACGCAAUGCUUGCUCAGUGUCUAUAAAACUACGGAGCUGGUGCAGCCAUUACUGUUCUAUCUUGCAACCACGAUGAAGUCAGAAUGGUGCCUCAUAUCGUUCAUCGGCCUCAUAAUGGCGAAAGAACAUUAUGAUUACGCAGCAAACCAAAUAGUGGCGUUUCGGGAUAAUAUUUCUCAUCCCGUUGGAAUAUGGACGACUGCAAACGGUAGAAAGAUCAACUAUAAAGAAGCAGGAUCUACCUUGAACAAACGCCUGAUGUCUCAUGAUCUGUUCAUGGAGGUCAUGACAAAAUUUAACAGAGAAAGGGUACCAGUCAGAGUUGCUCACGCCAAGGGAGCAGGAGCCGCCGGUUACUUUGAAGUGACACACGACCUAAAUGAUAUCUGUAUAGCAAAAGUUUUUAGCAAGGUUGGAAAGAAAACUGCGGUAGCGGCUAGGUUCUCACCAAUACUUCAAGAAAUUGGUGGCAUAGACACAUCAAGAGACGCGAGAGGAUUUGCUGUAAAAUUUUAUACAGAAGAGGGUAACUUCGACAUCGUUGGCCUAAACAUGCCUGUUUUCUUGCUACAGGAUCCUCUAUAUUUCCCUAUGUUUAUCCGUUCAAGGAAAAAGAAUCCUCAAACAAACUUGUACGACGCAAACAUGUUUUGGGAUUUUGUAGUGCGUAAUCCUAAAACUCUUUAUAACACUUUAUAUGUUUUUAGUGAUGUCGGGAUACCUGAUGGCUAUAGACAUAUGGCUGGCUUUAGUGUUCACACAUAUCAAGUGGUGAACAGUAAAGGGGAAACAUAUUUUGUAAGAUUCACUUUCAAACCUGACCAAGGAAUUAAGAAUUUAAAUUCAUCGACAGCGCAAUACUUAGCAGCCACUGAACCAGACUACGCAAUUAAAGAUUUGUUUAAUGCUAUAAGUGCAGGCAAUUUUCCUAGUUGGACGGCUUAUGUUCAAGUCUUAAAUUUCUACGAUAUCCAAUGCGCUGGUUUCGAUGUAUUUGAUGUAACAAAAAAUUUACCAGAAGACAAAUAUCCGUUAAGGCCUUUAGGGAAACUUGUUCUAAAUCAGAAUCAAGUUAAUUUUUUCGCUGAAAUUGACCAGCUAGCUUUCUGUCCUAAUAACCUAGUGCCUGGGAUUCUGGGUGCGCCUGACACAUUAUAUGAAGGGCGUCGUUUUGCAUAUGCAGAUGCUCAAAACUAUCGUUUAGGAAAAAAUUACGAGAAUAUUAUUGUUAAUAAGCCUUUUGUGGAAAGGUGGACUUAUAAUCGAGAUGGAAGAGCUCCUGUAAAAUAUAAUUAUGGCAACGUACCGAAUUACUAUCCCAACUCGUAUUAUGGUCCUGUGCCAUAUAAGGAAGACCAUAUUGUUGACUUAGUUGAAAUAUUUGAAGGACCAGGAGAUGAUUUUAUUCAACCACGGGAAUAUUAUACCCACACAUUGUCAUCAGGUGAAAAAGCUAGACUUAUAAAUAAUAUUGUAGAUAGUUUAGUCGGUGUAACUGAUCCAAUUCUAAAAGAUCAUUCUGUAAAAAUUUUGAAAGCAGUGAGCUUAGAUUUGGGUGAAAGAGUUUAUGAAGGGUUAAUGGCAAACCAAACUAGACAUUACUAG